AUGAUCAUGAGCUCGUAUUUGAUGGACUCUAACUACAUCGAUCCGAAAUUUCCUCCUUGCGAGGAAUAUUCACAAAAUAGCUACAUCCCAGAACACAGCCCUGAAUACUACAGCCGCACGAGAGACAUUGGCUACCAGCAUCCCCACCAGGAGUUGUAUCCUCCGCGAGUGACCUACCAGGAGCGCCCGUAUAACUGUGUAAGCAUCCCCGAGCCCGAGCCCCAGACUGGCCAUGGGCUUACACACUCGGGGAAUCUGCUCGCAGGGAAGGUACAGACAGCUCCACGUGAGCCCUUGCCACUGUUACCCACAUCCCCUACGUCCCCACCGACUGCGCCGCCUGCCUACAUCCAAGCCACCCCGGAGCAUCCCAUCAGCUCUACCUCGGCUAAGCAGCCUGUAGUGUACCCAUGGAUGAAGAAAAUCCACGUCAGUACCGGUAAGCAAUCUGUGUUGUUAUUCUCAUAACUCGCUCUCCCUCCCUCUCGCACACUCUCUUCCCCUAUUUCACCCCUAUUUUACCUAGAUCGCCCGCCUCUAUCCGUCUCGUGCUAUGUAAGUUGUGAUAGAGCAGCCCCUUUGAAAUGGCACAUAUGAGGAGGAUUUACGAGUCAGCAUUGGCAAUUACACCCGCCAUAAAUUUUAUAGCGGAGGCACUAGUCUGGACAGCCGUAUUGCCAUGUGGCUUUUUCUGUUAUGUAGCCUAUGUGUCAGAGGGAGGAGAGAGUGAGAGAGAAAAAGAGGGCUAAGAAUUUAUUUAUUUGUAAUGUUGAAUAAAUAAUUCAGCUGCUCCCUCGCCGUGGAGAAAGUGCUACCCAUUAUAUAGACCACGAGUCGAGUCCAUGACUGUGAAAUAUUUGAUUGGGGUCUAGAUAAUAGUGAUACCACUCUCCAUUCACCGCGCUAUUUCUUUUCAUAUUUCAAUUCACGCCAAUCUUGCUUCCCUCCUUUUCCUUCUUCUUUUCAAUUCCUUUCUCCUCUCUUUUCUAUUUACCUCUCCAAACCUCUCAGCGAAUCCCAAUUACAAUGGAGCAGACUCAAAGCGGUCCAGGACUGCUUACACUCGCCAGCAGGUCUUAGAACUGGAGAAGGAGUUCCACUAUAACCGCUACCUAACUCGGCGAAGACGCAUCGAGAUUGCCCACACACUGGUUCUCUCCGAGCGCCAGAUCAAAAUUUGGUUUCAGAACCGAAGGAUGAAGUGGAAAAAAGACCAUAGGCUACCCAACACGAAAGUGAGAUCCUCUUCCAACGCUAGCGCGAUCUCCGGGUCCACCACAGCGUCAACAACAGCCAGCACUCUCCCUUGUGCGGUGGGCUCUAACACCGUGCCAGCUUCCGAGGAACUCUCUCGAGUGUCGGUAGUCGAACGAAACCAGGAUAUUACAAGGUUAUAG